AUGUGUUCACUUAAUGUAUCAGGACAUUAUAAGCUCAUCCUGUCCCAAGGCCUGUUAUGCAGUAUCUUUGACAACGAGAGAGUAGGUGCCGGUACUGGUGGGGUUAAGGGCGAGCGCGCCUCCGUGGCGGGCCGACCCUCGAACCUCCUGCGCUACAAGACGGAGCUCUGCAGGACCUUCGAGGAAAACGGGUUGUGCAGGUUUGGAAACACAUGUACCUUUGCUCAUGGCAUAGGGGAGCUUCGUGCCAUACCUAGACAUCCACGUUACAAGACCGAGCCUUGCCGCCAGUACCACACUCAUGGAUAUUGCCAGUAUGGGGCACGAUGUCACUUUGUUCAUGACCCUGAGGAAGCUGCAGGAGUUUCCCCAAUGCGAGGUUUCAUCAUCAGAGGCAGACAUGACAGACUUGCUAGUGCAAUGCUGGCUUUAGCAGAGGAUGCAGGAAUAGUAUCAAAUCCAGAUACUAGUGAUGUAUUGUUAGCAAACCUGCGAAGGCUGUAUGCCCUGAGGGCCAUGAAGGAUCAGCCAGAAAUUUCUGACAUUCCCACCACUCAAGAACCAAGUGAAGGGAGUGAAGAUAUGUCAUUCCAGUCAGAUGGAUUGGACUUGUCAACAUAUCUGCCAGACAACCUUUCAGCUAGGUUGUUCGAGACCAGUAGCAACUGCAGUAUGUACACAUCUACCAUGAGUGUUUUAGGAUCUACAGGUAUAAAUGGCAAUAAGUAUGAUGCCUCCCAUGAGCCAUUAAUGGAACAUAAUCUAGAUGCUAGUGUGGAUAACAGUAUAGACCAGAGUAUAGACACUGGUAUAUGGUCAAGUGCUUGGUCCACAACCUCUAGUCUAUCCACUUCUCCACCAGGUGAGUCCUGGUGGGGAAUGUGGGGUGGUUCUAUGGCCACGCCACCUCUCUCUCCAGAGAGCAGACUUGUCCAAGAUGCUCCACUGAAUCUUGGACAGCCUACAGUUACUUCAUUACCCCAGGGCAUUGAGAUGGAUUUACCAAGUAUUGGAAUGGCAACCAAGUUUUCAGUGAAAGUUGUAACUGAAGUGAUAAAAGAAAGUGUUAUUGCCAACCCAAUGGAGGUUUCCCGGGGCCUCCACCUUCCUUCCAUUGCCGAAUUGUGCCGCAAUUGAAAUGUACCUGAAUUAGAAAUUUUAUUUUAUAUGGGAAACUAAUGCAGUAAUUGUAAUUUAGUUUUGGUUUGCUCCAGUUCCUAAUCUUAUGGCUAAUCCGGGCCAGUUAUAUUUUAUUCUGGAC